AUGCAUCCAAAAAUUGGGGAAGAUUUCUCGGAUGAACAGGUUACCUCAUCGUAUACAGAGGAUCUACCGGCACUGUUCAAUCUCGAUGAACAUAGUUCUGAUGACGAUUUAGAUGUACAGAACGAAUGUAUUGAAGAAUACAGUACUUAUGAAGCAUCUGACUCUGAGUUGCAGGAUGCAGAAAACCGUGGAAUAGCUCAGGACGAUGUUUGGAUAGAAGCCGAUACAUAUGAGGAUAAGAGUUUGAGUACUUUUCCUCGAAAUUGGAGCUUAGAAUUCAAUAUAUCGCAAAAUGCAAUGAAGCCUUUAAUGCAAAAACUUUCUCAAUAUGAUCGAACCCUCCCCAACUCUCCAAGACGAUUGCUUCGUACACCAAGAACCAAACCUACUAUUAUCAACCUUGAAGGAGGUGAAUACUGGCACCAAGGCGUCGGUAAUAUGAUUUUGUAUCUUCGCAGAAACUUCGUUAGUAUAAACGUGAAUAUUGACGGCUUACCAAUAUUCAAGAAUGGGGCACAUCAAGUUUGGCCCAUACUGUUUAAUAUCCAUGGUAAACCUGACGUUAAACCAAUGAUAGCUGGCAUGUUUUACGGUCGCAACAAACCAAAAAAGAUUGAACAAUUCCUGAGUCCAUUUGUCACUGAAAUUGUACCUAUACUGCAAAAUGGCAUUCAUAUAAAUGGAAUAAAAUUAAAUGUGAACAUUCGGGCGAUGAUUUGUGACUCACCUGCAAGGGCAUUUGUAAAAGGUACAGUCAACUUCAAUUCUAUUCAUGGAUGCCUCAAAUGCUGCACGAUUGGCCAACAUUCACCAUUACUUCGUACUAAUAUCUUUCCACAAACUUUAGCAAAGAAACGCACCGACGCAGGAUUCCGUAACAAAGAAUAUGAAGGCCAUUAUCAAGUAUACAAAAUUCGUGAAAAUGGAAAAGUCAAACGAAUUCCUGUUACCACACCACUUUUGCAGCUACCGAUUGAUAUGGUAGAAGAUGUAAUUGUUUCUGAUUCAUUGCAUCUGUUACAUCUAGGUAUCAUGAAGCGAUUAUUAAUAGCGUAUAAAGAUGGCCAUAACGAGUCCGAUGAUAGAAAAUGGCCAAAGCAGUUCGUGGCAUCGAUUGCUUAA